UCUCUCUCUCUCUCUCAGACAUCCGGAGCCAUAGACAAAGUGAUCACUGACCUGUGUUUAGUUUUGGAGAGAGAUCGGACGGCAAAGAUGAGCUGCAAUGGUUGCCGAGUCCUCCGGAAGGGGUGCAGUGAGACAUGCGUACUGAGGUCCUGCCUCCGCUGGAUUGACUCUCCCGAAUCCCAAGGCAACGCCACCUUGUUCCUCGCCAAGUUCUUCGGCCGUAGCGACCUCUUGUCCUUCAUCUCCGCCGUGCCUGAAAACCAACGCCCUGCUCUGUUUCAGUCUCUGCUUUUUGAAGCGUGCGGCCGUACGGUGAACCCGGUGAGCGGAGCGGUGGGGCUUCUGUCGAGCGGGAACUGGCACGUGUGCCACGCUUCUGUCCAGUCCGUGUUAUCUGGCGGCGUUCUGAGACCGUUACCGCCGGCGAUGUUGACUCCAAACCUGGAGGAAUCCCAAGUCACUAUCAAUAGAAACUCAUGCGGCAUACAAAACUUCCACUAUGCAUCCCUACCGUCCAUGUUGUACCACGAGGUGGACCGGAGCCAGCCGUUGGAUGUAGGACUCUCCCUGAAGCCGAAUCUCGCGGCGGCCGGAGGGAGAGGACGAGCCAGGGGAUGGAGCUGCACAGUCGAUCGAAUGAGGGACACGGUGUCGUUUAACUCUGAAGAUUCUAUCAUGACUACUAGCGGCGGCGGUGGUAAUUCAACCGGCGAUCACAAGCUUCUGAACCUUUUUGUCUGAGCCAGUCAGAAUCAGUGUGUGAAAGCUAAGA